AUGGAUUCUUGGCUUGGACACUAUCUGCGUGAGACACUAUCUCUUGACCUUGAUGAUAAGAUUAUCGAAUAUUAUGCAGGUUUUCUUAGUGAUAAAGAAAUAUCUGAUGAAGAAAAGACAGAGAUAUUACGUGCCGCUUUCCGCGAUAGUGACAGUCCUGCACUCUCGUCAGAAGCAGCGAUUGAGCGUGCAGUUCAGGAAAUAUUAACUAAUUAUCACGAUCCUAUCCACGGCACGUCCAUGAACACUGUUACAUCAACUAAACAAGAGAAACAGGAAAGAGAUUGUAGUGACGAGGAUUUCAUACCAGAUGACCAAUGGGUCGAGCAAACGAUUGAAGAUGAGGAGAAUCUGUUGUGUGAUGAUAGAACACCUAUGAUGCUAUUGAUGCAGGUGUUCUCGGACGUUGAGUAUGAGGAAUUGCUGAAAACUUUUGAACAGGAGAAUUACAAUCUAGAAAAUACUAUUAAGGCAAUUGUUUUCGAAAAGACUGUUGGUAUUCCCAUGAUAUCGACAACCGUAUAUGCAAGUUUUGGCGACAGUUGCCUGUUUCUCCACACUGUCAACACAUCACAACUUCAAAAUGUGCUACAAAAUACCGCUACGGCCGGACCGGUAACCGCUACCCCCGACACAUCAGAUAACGAGCUGUUUCCGUCUCUCGAUCAACUCAACUUGACGUCUACGCAGGACACUACCACGUCACGGAUUCCAGACUCGCCUUCUCGUGCCAUAUUCGUACGUCCCCCUUCUUCCACAGCUUCCAAGGCCAACAACUCAUCUAAUUUUGCUUUUAUUGCAAAACAUGGCAGUCUGGUUGAAGCGUUCCCUUGGAUUGAUGAGAGGACAAUAUCUUCAUAUUUACGCUUUUAUAACAAUGACGCCGAUGCUGUUUCUGCAAUACUACAGAAGUCACACCCUAGGCCACCGGGCUUUGUGUCGCAGGACACGGGGAAUAGCAAAUCGUCAACAACAGGGAAGAACAGGAAAGAGAGAAAGAAAUUUGUUGUGAAACCACUAGAUAACAUUCCUUGGCUGGUUGCCGGGAAUGCAUUGAGUAAGGAGUAUAAAAAGUAUCGGGAGCAAGCUAUACAAGCGGGAAAGCAGAGGAACAUUUUAUACGAAGCCGCCACAAAGGCUUAUAAGGCGAAUCGUGGAGACUUGGCAAAGAAAUACUCGCUUGAAGCACAGAAGUAUAACGAGUUAAUGCGAGAACUGCAUCGCGAGGCAUCUCGGAAAAUAUUCGAAGCCCGUAACAGUAGUUACUAUGGUAAAGAACCAUUUAUAGAUUUACAUGGCCAGCAUGUGGAUGAGGCAAUUUCUUAUCUCAAGGAAUCUAUCGAUACCCUCAAGAAAGAGAAUUACAAUGGUAGCAUUAUCUACAUAGUUACUGGAACAGGACAUCAUUCUCAAGACAGACCCAAGAUAGGUCCUGCAGUCAAAUCUUGGCUCGAUGAACAUGAGUAUGAAUAUUGCGAAUGUUCUAUCGAUAAGCGCUAUGGGGGAAUGAUUGCGGUUAAUUUUCGAUGA